AUGUCUGAUUCAGAGGAAGAUUUGGGUAUAGAGUUAAAAGGACUCAAGAUAUCCAAAUAUUUAAAGAAAGAUACAGAAACAAAUCGAUCACAACAAUCAAAUGAAGAAAAACACAAUGAUGAAGGUCUUGGCUCUACUCCCUUGCAAGAAACGUUAAUUGAGGAACAUAGUGAUACAAAUGAAGCAGAAGAUCAUAGUAAUUCUGAAUCCUCAUCUCUAAGUGAUAACAAUGGAAAUCUGACAAUAGAUUCGUUACCAAUGUCAUAUAGGAAUAUGAACUUAGAGGAGGGCCAAAAAGACGUAAUAGAAAACUCAUCAUUAAACCAAUCUUUAUCACCAUCUUUUCAACCUAUACGAUCGAGUGAAACCCCUUCGAUAUCAUCAAGGAACGAACCACAUCAGCAAAAACAAGAACAAGACAUAUCUCCAAACGAUGCUAUACCGAAAGCCAAAAAUGAUCAUGAAGAUACACAUUCUCUCUCCUCGGAUGAUACUGAUGAUGAUAGUGAGUGGCAAACAAUGCCAGCAGUAGCAUCAUAUAACGUAUACAACAAGAACGGUGAACUAGAAUUGAAACCUUACGAUAGUAAUGAAGAAACAUUUGACAUUGAACAAAUCCAGAAAACUGGUAAAUAUAAUAAUAAAAAUAAACAAACAUUCGAUUAUACCAAAGUUGCAGAAGAGACUCAAGCACAAAGAUCAUAUUUAUCUAAUAAAAAGACUGAUUUCCUAUUCGAACAUAAAAAGUUGAAAAAAGCUUUACAAUCGAAAAAUAAAUCCACAGAAUCACAAUUGACUAAUUAUUCAUCUUCAAAUUCAAAGCUCAACUCUGAAAUAACUCUUAACAACCCUGAAGAAAUAGAAGAAGAAGAAGAAGAAGAUAGCGAGUUUGAUGAGUUUGAAGAUGACGUGGAGGCACAAGAUGAUUUGAAUCCCACUUCACAACUAAGCGUCACCAAGGAUUUAUUAUCAGAUAUGGAAAAAUUCGCUUACUUAGGUGCAGUCAACGUACUUGUCAAUCAAAUGUGUACUGAUCUUGCAACAGUUUGUCUUUGUGUGGAUAUCAAAUCUCAUAAGAAAUUGGCAAGUAGAUUACAUUUUACUCAAAAGGAUAUGGCCGCAUGGAAAACUGUCAUAUUAUCAAGAUUAUAUGAACAUUUAGCUGUAUCUCAAAAGGAAAUUGAGAUGAUUGAAAAGUUAUCAUUGCAUAAGAUUCAAUUAGAAGAUCUUUGUAAGUGUUUGAAGACUACUCAAAAUGUGGAAAAUCCCUGGGAGAAGGACAACAAGAAAAAAUCAUCCCUCGAUAACUCACAAGAAAAAGGCGAAAAGAAUAAAUCAUCCCUCGAUAAUUCACAAGAAACAGAUGCCAAUUCUGAAAAGAUGCGACAUUCUAACGAAGAGGAAGGCACGAUAGAAACGAAAACCGAAACGAAGGAAUCAACCUCUAUGGUCCCACAGAAAGUAAUAAAACCAGAAAAUAUUAAUGAUCAAAAUCGACUGAAUAUAGACAUAGCAUGGACAAUCAUUUGUGAUUUAUUCUUAGUAUUUUUACAAAAUUAUACAUAUGAUGCUCGUUCUCGUACUUUAUUAAUAAAAUUCGCUAAAGCGCUAAAUAUUACUAAAUUGGAAAUUUGUGAAUUUGAAAAACGUAUCACUGAUUCCUUAGAUAUGGAGCAAUCCACUGAAGAUCAAGAAUGGAAUGAAACUGAUCAUAUGAAAAGUAGACGUAAGAGGAAAAGGCGGAAGAAAAUGGCAUAUGUUGGGUUAGCUAUGGUAGGUGGCUCUUUGGUAUUAGGAUUAAGUGGUGGUCUUUUGGCUCCUGUCAUUGGUGCAGGUAUUGCUGCUGGGUUAUCUACCAUUGGUAUAGGUGGUGCCACGGGGUUCCUUACGGGAGUAGGUGGUACCACCGUAGUAGCAUUAUCAAGCACAGCUAUCGGUGCUAAUAUUGGUGCAAGAGGUAUGUCAAAGAGAAUGGGGAGUGUCAGAACAUUUGAAUUUAGACCUCUUCAUAAUAAUCGUAGAGUUAAUUUGAUUUUAAGUGUUUCUGGUUGGAUUAUAGGUAAUGAGGAUGAUGUCAGAUUACCAUUCUCAACUGUUGAUCCUCUUGAAGGUGAUUUAUAUUCUUUAUAUUGGGAACCUGAAAUGUUAAAAUCCACAGGUCAAACGAUCAAUAUUGUCGCAAGUGAAGUAUUUACUCAAACCAUUCAACAAGUCCUGGGAGCUACUAUCUUAACAGGUCUUAUGUCUGCUAUUCAAUGGCCGAUGGCUCUUUCUAAAUUAGGUUAUAUAUUGGAUAAUCCAUGGAAUGUAUCAUUAGAUAGAGCAUGGGCUGCAGGGCUUAUCCUAGCAGAUACUUUGAUGUCAAGGAAUUUAGGUGAACGUCCCAUUACGUUAGUAGGGUUUUCCCUGGGGGCAAGAGUCAUCUUUUCAUGUUUAAUUGAACUUUCUAAAAGAAAGGCAUCUGGAUUGGUUGAGAAUGUUUUCAUAUUUGGUACUCCUAUUGUUAGGAAAAGAGAACAUUUAGUUAUGGCCCGUUCCAUCGUCAGUGGAAGAUUCGUUAAUGGUUACUCAGACAAAGAUUGGGUCCUCGCUUAUUUAUUCCGUGCAACUGGAGGUGGAUUCAAAGCAGUCAUGGGUAUUUCUCCCAUUGAAGAUAUUAACGAAAUUGAAAACUUCAAUUGUACAGAAUUUGUAGAUGGUCAUAUGGCAUACCGUAAAAAUAUGCCAAAACUAUUAAGAGAAAUGGGUAUUGCUGUUCUUGAUGAUACUUUUGUGGAAAUUGAAGAAAUUAUGGAUCCCAAUGAAUAUAAAAGGAAAAGGAAAUUAGUGCACGAUGUUGAUGCAGCCCAGAAAAAAUUAUCUGAAAGGAAAAAGCACAACAGUUGGAUGCCCAAAUGGCUGAAACCGAAAAAAUCCAAAUGGCAAGUAAUGGUGGAAGAAGCUGUUGAAGAAGGUAGAGAAGGAGCUCUUGAAGGAGAAGACGAUGGUUCAUCUACUGACGAAAAAAAUCAAAACAAAGAGGAAGGAUAA